CUUUUCCAAUUUCAAAAUUCAAGCCGGCCAAAGUGACAAACAGGCACGAAGAUCACAAAACAGUUGUUCAUCAAGUGUUUGAUCCAGAAAAUCUGCAAAUUAAGAAAGCGAAUUGUUGGAAUGGCGUCGAUUCAAGGAAGCGACAGUGGCUGGGUGGGAAGAAAACCUCUCAGACGACUUGGUGGUAUGUCAGAUGCCCUUUCCAUCGCCGCCGAACUCGGUUUCUCUGUUGCUCCUCCUCCAUCCCAGGAAGACUUGCAGAAUUCAUCAGCUGGUGGUGAAAAGGGUGAUGACUUGAUACGUGUCUUGAGGGAGCUUACCUCUGUACAAAGAAAAAUUGCAGAUUUACAAGUGGAACUUCAAGGUCGUAAGGAAGAUAAAAAUGUUGCGCACUUGACACAUGUGAGUGAAAUGGAAAAGAAGAUAGAAACUUUGGCAAGGAUCACUACUAUAUUGAAGGAUGUUAUCCAGAAUAAGGACCGAAUUAUAGCUCGUCUUCAACAACCAUAUUCAUUAGACUGCAUUCCGGUGGAAGCAGAAUAUCAGAAACAAUUUUCCGAGCUGUUGAUGAAGGCUGCCAGUGAUUAUGGUGCUCUAACGGCAUCUGUUGCAGAUUUCCAGUGGACUCAGAACUUUAAAGAGCCACCGUCUGUAUGGGGGGAGAUGCUUCGACCAAUCCCUGUAGCAUUGGCAUCGUGUACGAGGUUCUUUGAAGCGAUGACCGCCAUGAGAGAAUCCUUUGCAACCCUUCAAAAACUGAGGUUAGGGCCCUCCGAGUCUGGGAUGAAAAUGGACGUUUCUCGGAGAACAACAUCAAUCGACUCCGAUUGCGUGACUCCACCUCCAUGGGGAAAAGAAUCGAGUUUUGAUGAUUUGGGUGUUAGAAGGCAAGAACAGGACAUAAACAGUAGUGAUUUAGAUGGCAUGAGCAACCGAAGAUUGUCGUGGCCUUUGGGGAAGCCAAAUGUUUCAUAGAUGCUUUCGGUUCGAGUCGAAUGGUUAUUUGAUGAUGAAUUUGUUGGUUUUAUUGUGUGUAUCUUUGGGCAUGUUUUAUAUGAAAAAAGAGUUCGAUUUGGGAUG